AUGCCGGGCAUCCUCCCCAUGAAGGUCAUCAAGGUGGGCACCAGCGCCCAGAGCCGCAUCGCCCAGGCCUGCGAUCGGUGCCGCAGCAAGAAGAUUCGCUGCGAUGGCGUGCGCCCAACCUGCUCGCAGUGCGCCAACGUCGGCUUCGAGUGCCGCACGAGCGACAAGCUGAGCAGGAGAGCGUUCCCACGUGGCUACACCGAGUCUCUCGAGGAGCGCGUGCGCCAGCUAGAGUGCGAGGUCCGCGAGCUCAAGGACCUACUCGACGAAAAGGACGAGAAGAUCGAUAUGCUCUCCGCCAUGCACGGCAGCCACCACCGCCGCCCAUCCAUCACCUCCGCCUCCAACUCUGUCUCAUCACCAGAGUCGUCCAAAGAGUCACAUCCCGCCAAGGAGGACACAUUUCGCGUGCACGAGACUCCUCUCCUCUUGGGAGUCGAGAACUCCGACUCUUACUUUAUGGGCGCGUCGAGUGGCCGGGCCCUCAUCACAUCCUUCAAGCGAAAGCUUCAGGAGACGGGCAGGCCAUGCAACGACUUUAACCCAGAGGCAUUCCUGCAUGUCCAGGGAUGCCCGCCAUUGACCACAGAGGAAGUAGACCAAGCGGCCAAGGUGCCGCCCCGCCUCUUCUCUGACCGUUGUGUCAACGUCUUCUUCCAAGAGUGGGCGCCACUCUUCCCAGUCCUCCAUAAGCCGACUUUCCUUCGCAUUUACGAAGAGUUCGUGGCGGAUCCCGAAAAGGUCAGGUGUAACAACAAGGUAGCGCAGCUCUAUCUCGUCUUCAGCAUCGCCGGCCUCUCGUCCGAAUCUCCAGACUACCAGCAGCUUGCUGCCUGUGAGAAGCAAUGGACAAAGGCUCUCGAUUCGUUGCAGUACGAGAGCACCAUGAGCACGUUGCAGUGCUUCAUCCUGGCCCUGCUGUACUGCACCAUGAGAGCGGACAACAAGCGACUGCAGCAUUACAAGUCUGUUGCCGUCGGUCUGUCUCACCGUCUUGGGUUACACCAGAGCCAGAAGCGCUUCUCCUUUGGAGCACUCACUCUGGAGACCAGGAAGAAGGUGUUUUGGACACUGUACACGCUUGACUGUUUUACUUCUGCCACCUUGGGACUGCCCAAGCUCUUCAAGGAGGACGACAUUCAAGUCGAGUAUCCGUCAGACACAGAUGACGAGUACAUCACUGAAAAGGGGUUUCAGCCCACACUUCCCGGAGAAUACACUCGUCUUUCCAGUGCUCUCGCUCUGUUCCGCGCUGCACGCAUCUUGUCGCGCGUUUUGGAGAAGGUCUACCCCGCCACGACCAACCACGAGCUCUCUUUGCAGCAGCUGGGUGUCUUCGAGGCGGAGCUCGAUGCGUGGCACGCCGACCUGCCGACGCAUCUGCGACUCAAUUUCGUGCAGGACAAGCCCUCCACUGACGUAACCGGAAGCCGUUCGCCGCUGCUUGCUCUUUCUUACUACUUUAUUCGCACGCUCAUAUACCGCCCGGCUGUCGGUUCCAAUCUCGGACCCAAGGCUGCGCCAGCCCUGCUUUCAAUUGCCGAUUCCAGCAAGCACAUUGUCCAAAUCGUUCAACUCCUGGAGGAGAGGAGCAUGAGCUUCUCGUUUUGCUUGAACAAGUUUGAUCUCCUGGCGGUUUGCGGGACAACGCUGCUGUAUCAGGUAGCGGAUCUCAAGCCCGACAGCAAGAUGAUGCGCGAUUCCGAGCGCUUGGUCAACGCCGUCAUCAGCAUCUUGACCAAGGCCAAGGCGCCGGGAGCCACGGACUUGGCACGGGUUGCACGGUCACUUAUCUCGGUGGAUGGUAAGGAGAGCGCGUCGCCCGCCGUUUCAUCCCGCAAAGGGUCCAUGCCUGCGCCUUCACAACGGCCGUCGCCGCUCACAAGAGCUCCGAGCAAAAAGUCGGGCUAUGCAAUUGGCCAGCUAUAUCAUAGCGCCGCCAGCGAAGACGACUUGAUACGGCAGCAAGAAAAGAUGCGGCGGAUGACGAUGGCGCAUGUUCCGACCCCGGAUUCGGAUCUGUAUCGCUCCCGGUCUCGUCAGUCUUUCGACAGUCUCUCGCCAGAGAGCGCAACGAUGAGCCACAAUGACUAUGGUAUGCCCAUGGCGCAGUCGUCCAUGAGCGGUCGCAGGGCAACCAUGUCAAGGCCCAUUCCGAAUUUGGACUAUCUGUCACUGAACAAUACUCCAUCCGGAACAGGACCGUCCUCUCCGGGAGGUGGCCUGGUGCGAAUGCAGACGCCCGCGUCUGUCUCAGCGGAGCAUCUGCUGCUCGGUGGCGACGCUACAGGAAAGGCGUCGGGAGUAUCAAACUCGGAAUGGGAGGCGCUCCUGGGCUCGAUGGAUGGCGGACUGAACAACGUCUACGACGCUAUCUACGGUGGCUCUAGCCUCAUCAACGAGGCGUCGCUUCCUCCGAACAUGGGAAACCAGGACUGGUCACCAGAUACGUGGGACCUGAGCAGUUUCAACAUUGGCGAUUUCGGAGGAGCCAACCAGGGGGCGCCGCAGAGCGUACCGAGCAUCAGCGACGAGAGCCUCAGUUCUGGAGAGGAAGUGGCGCCGUCCGAGCUCGGUCUGAGUGUAGGGGCGUGGAGUAUCACGAGCGCCUGA